AUGCCUGCUCAAAUGAAGGGCUUGUCCCAGUUUAUCGCGGACAUCCGCAACGCCAAGGCGUACGACGAGGAGCGGAAACGCAUCGCGGUGGAACUCGACAACAUCCGCAGAAAGUUUCAGGAUACAAAGCUCCUGGGAUACCAGAAAAAAAAGUAUGUGGCGAAGCUCCUUUACAUCCACAUCCUUGGCUACACGACUGUUCAUGACUUUUGGCUCGGGGCGUCGAUGGAUCUCGCGCGUUCCGCUACCUUCUCUGAGAAACAGAUGGGGUACCUCUCGUUUUCGCUUUUCCUUGAGUCUUCUAACGCUCUGGAAACAAUCCUGCCGGUCUUGGAGGACUUGUGGGGCGAUAACGUUGACUUUACCACGCUCGCAUUGCAGUAUGUGGCUACAGGCGUCGCCGACGGGAGUGCCGUCCUCGAGGCGGUCUACGGUUUUCUCAGAUCGCCCACUACCGUUCCUUUGGUGCGGAGAAACGCCUCAGCAGCCUUGCUCAGAAUCUUCCGGGACAACCCCGAGCUUUUACUUGCCAAUUGUCGCAGCUGGGUGCCGCGCCUCGUGGCGGUGCUCGAUGACGCCGAUUUGGGGGUGUCCACCUCUGCCGUCUCGCUUGUGAGUUUCAUAGUGGAAGAGUUGCCAGAGCUCUGCGAGAAUUUGCUCCCGCUAGCUACACGCAAGCUUUCAAAAGUCGUUCUUGACCCGUCAUACGUGAAAGACGAGUACUUGUACUACGAUAUCCCGGCCCCGUGGCUCUCAGUCAAGCUUCUUGGCUUGAUUGAAAGGUACAUCCAGUACCUUCACUUUGUUGAAGGGGAGAUUGAUCUGCCGUCGUUGGCAACCUUGCGCGAGGUUGUCCACCAAACGAUCAACAGGUCGUCGUCCCCAUUAGCCGGGCUUCAGAGCAAAAACGCUCAGUCCGCAGUGCUCUUUGCAUGCAUCUCACUCCUAGGGUAUCUCGACCCGAGCCCCGAGGCACUUGCUUCCGCCACCGACGCGUUGCUCCUGCUCCUCGACUCGCCGGAAACGAACACGCGGUACCUCACGCUCGAUGCUCUUAUUAAAUUAACCUCUAGAGGCGGUAAAGUCGCACAGGAGAACACCAGCAAGCAGUUAUCCGUUAUUCUCCACCUUCUCGAGGACAAGGACAUCUCCGUCCGCCGUAAGGCGCUAGACCUCAUCUACACGUUGACGUCCGCCGCUACGGUCGAAACGGUGGUUGAGCAUCUUACCAAGUACUUCCACACGGCCGACUACACAUUACGGCCCGAACUCGCGGUUAAGAUCGCGGUGUUGUGCGAGAACUUUGCCACCGACGCCGUUUGGUACGUCACCACGAUGCUCCGCCUCAUCUCGGUCGCCGGCACCCAUGUCAGCCGCGAAAUCUGGGAGCGCAUCAUCCAGAUCUUGGUCAACAACCUGAGCUUGCAGCUGCUCGCGGCACGGAUGGUGGUGAAGUACUUGCGCGACAAGGCGCUCAGCGAGACCAUGACCAAGGUCGGGGCUUUUGUGCUUGGCGAGUUUGGCCAUUUGAUCUUGGACCAGGCUGACGAGGAUGCCAACUUGAUAGAGGGAAUGACAGCUAAACGCUGCACCGCGCGCGUGCAGUUCGACCUCUUGUACCACAAGUACUUUUACUGCGCACCUAACACGCGCGCCAUCAUCCUCUCGGCAUUUUUAAAGAUGUACAAGCGGCAUGAGGACUUGCGGCCGCUAGUGCUCGAUUUCUACGAGCUUGAGUUGAACUCGAUUGACAUUGAGAUCCAAACCAGGGCCAUGGAGUACCUCCGUGUUGUGACUCUUAACGACGAUACUAAGCACUUGGACUUGAUUGUGGGCGAAAUGCCGGUGUUUGUUAACAAGGUCAAUCCGUUGAUGGCGGGCGUCGGCACCAUCGCCCAACUUAACGCGCCGGUCUCACACUUACGGGGGUUUGGCCGAAACAGAUCCAGCUCGUCCGUACUCAUGAGUCAUGGCAAUGGCAGUACCGGCCUUGUUUUCCAGGGUGCCGGUGGCCUCGUGCUGCAGAGUUCCGAGGCGAGUACGAUCAGGAGACCAUCCUUUGCGGCCCGCAACGGCUCCUCAGCAUCCUCUCCCGGCCCCGAGCCGAAGAAACCAGUGCUCUCCCCCAACUGGCAGGAGGGCUACUUCCGGUCACUCCACUUUGACCAGGGAAUCUUGUAUGAAAACACAUUGUUGCGCAUCACUUACAGAAUUACCAAAAAGAAUCAUGUGCUCGGCUUCCAGUUGACCUACAAGAACAAGACGACCCAUGCGGACAUCACUGGCUUGACUGCAACGCUCAGGUCUGGUACGAGCACCACCCAGCCCGCCUACGUCAUCGAGCUGGUUACGGCACCGUCGUCGGACAUUGCGCAGAGUGAGAAGACUGACCACCGAUUCAACGUUGUGCUCAGAUCGACGGGGUUGAGCAACGUGGAGCAGCCAACUCUCCUGUUGUCGUUCAUGUGCGGUGCCUUCACAUCGUUGAAGGUGAAGUUGCCCGUGCUCUUGUUGCGCGCGUUGACGGCGGCACCGCUCGCCUACAGCAACUUCUUGACCCGCUGGGCGCAGGUCGGAGCCAUGGGCGCCAGCGGGGAGGCCGUGCUACAAUUCAAGACCAGCCUCGCGUAUCCCACGAUUUCCUUGAGGCGCAUUCUCGCACGCAUGGGCUUUGCCAUUAUUGACGAAACAGAGUACCAGCAGCCCGAGGAUGUGUCGCAGGAGUUGAUUUUGGGGACCGGAAUUUUGCAUACAUUGCAGGGGAACUUUGGGGUGUUGAUGUUUUUGGAAGCGCGCGCGGAGGGCCGGGAGUUUACGUUGCGUAUUCGAUGCACUGCACCGGACGUCGCGCUGAUUCUAGCCGAGACUAUUGUCUCGUUGCUUGAGUUUGGGGCGUAA